AUGCCUCACAUCAAACAACGGUCCUUUUCUGUUGUACCUUUACACGCGCAGGAGACAAAGACAAAGACAAAGACAAAGAGGACGAAGACUUUUGCAUCAUCCCUCGACGCUAGGAAAGAGAGUGAGAUGAUACAAACGAUGGAAAUGUCCUCCAACGACAACAAAAAUACUCCAACGACACGAAUCAAAUCGCUCGUCUCCGUCUCCGGGUACACCGGGAAAGUUCUGCGCAUCGGAUGCUCGACUUUGACGACGACGACGAAGCAGCAAAACGAAGAAAACGAAGAAGGAAAGAAGAAGGCUUUUGCCGAGGACGACAUUUUGGAGGAGGAAAAAGAGGAGGACAUAUUCUUAAACGCAGCCGAGGCGGACCGGAAAACAACGUUAAAUUUGAAUUCCGAUCCUUCGAGAGGAGGAGGAGGAGGAGGAGGAGGAGAACAAGGCGGCGAGAAGACGACGACGACGAAAGGGGACGAUGCGCAAAAAAACGAGGACGAUGAAGACGAAGACGAAGAUGACGACGAAGACGAGCAAGAAGAAUCGGAAGACGAGACGAACGAAGUGGACGUCGGCCGAGACUGGGCGACGAUGCAAAUCGUUUUAGACCGGCAACCGCAGGCGGACGCCAUGUUGCAACUCUGGAAACGCGAUAAAGGAAAGUGGUUGAUUGAAUCGAAGAAACGAUGGAAGAAAAGACACGACGAGUUAACCGCGAGGAGGAAGAAGGAAGAUCCGAAUUAUACCAGCGGGAUUGUCGCGGGAGAUCGAGCGAGGAGAGCGGACGAGUUGAGCUUUGUGAACCGAGGGAGCAGGGCGAUGAACGCCAUGCAGAGAGGACAGAUAAACGCAGACGCGCACAUGGCGGCGUUCGGGAGACCGGUGAAAGUGGCGGUGAAUUUAGCGACGCUGACAAAGCUUGGAUUUCUGUUAAAUGGGAAGAAGAAGAUGUUUGUCGUGUAUUUAGGGAACGUGUAUACUGGAGAUUUGACCGAGGAAGGGGAGAUUAUUUGCGGGUGCAAAGUGGGCAGCUGCGAUCGGAGAGUGUACACGAGUCCGUCGGCGUGGGCGAUUCAUUGUAAACGGAACGUGAAUCCAUCCAAAAAAGCAGACGACGGUUGGAAAUCCGCUCGGUACGGCAAUCCAGAAGGGUACGCGUUGGAACAUUUCAAAGGCGUGUACGACGCGUGGCGACGAGGCAUAGAUUUGACAGACACACACGGCGCGGGAGCGGUUGCGAAGAAGAAGGAAGAGGAGGAGGACGACGACGACGACGCGGAUAUGGUCAACGACGCGGCGAAAGAGCCGGAUAGUUUAGAAAAGAGACAAAGAGAUGCCGCAACAGCGGAGAAGGCGUUCGUUUACCCUUUACCGGAAGGGACGCAUUACGAGCCGGACGACGAGGACUCCGAAGAAGAAGAAGAAGAGAAGGACGACGGCGAUGACAAGAUGGACGUAGACGAUUGA